AUGAGAAAAUAUAAGGAUCGUGCUGGAGAACGACGAAAAGAAGAAAUGGAAGAAAUGUUAAAUAAAUGCAAUCAGAAAAGUAUUUUUGAUCAUGGAUCUGGAUAUUUUGAUCCAACAACAAAAUUUGUCAAUAGUGCUGAAAAAAGAAAACAAGAAAUUGAAGAAAGCAAAUAUCUUGGUGGUGAUGUAGAGCAUACUCACUUAGUCAAAGGAUUAGAUUAUUCAUUAUUAAACAAAGUUAGAAGUGAAAUGCAAGCAGUAGAAGAGAUGAAAGAAGAAGAAUUAGAGAAUGAAUUUUUAUCUAAAAAAGAGGAUAAAGUUGUUUAUGAGAUUAAAAGUAUAUUUGCCAAAAAGAUUGAAGCUAUUAUAUUAAAGAAAAAUAGUCCUUCAGCUAAUAGUAAUUUUAGAAAAGGUAGAAUGGCUUUUUCAUAUGACUUAGAUGAUGAAGAUGCUGAUAUUCCUUUAACAGUUUUAAGAAGUCUUCCUCCGGAAACUGAUCUUCGUCCAAUGAAAAAUAAAAUUGAUAAAUUAGUAUAUCAUAAGUUAUCUUCUGUAUUAUCAUAUCUAAAAAUUGAUCCAAAAAAAAGGAAAAAACUACUUGAAAAUAAAGAUGAAAAAAAAGAGGAUUUUGAAAAAUUUAAGCAUAUUGAUAUAUUUGAUGGUGAAGAUGAAUAUGAACCUUCUUCUACUAAAUUUUCUGAACCAAAUAAAAUAAAAGUUAAACCAGGAAGUUAUUUUGAAAGUGAAAACAAAACUGAGAUAAAAAAAAAUAAAAUUGCUGUAGAUGAUGUUGAUAUAUUUGCUGAUGAUGAGGAAAAACCAGAAAAAGUAAUUAUAACUAAACCAUCAAUACAGAAAAGAUUAUUAGAAAUUGAGGGUAAAGGUGAAGAUGAUGCAUAUGCAGAAUAUUAUCCAUUAGCUUGUGGAUUUGGAGAAAGUAUAUUAAGUGAUGAUGAUAGUGAUGAUGAAGGAAAAACAAAAGGUAAAAAAAAGGCAUCUGAAAAAGGUGAGAAGAUUGAAGGUAAUCGAAAACAACGACGAGAAGCUAAAAUUCAAGAAGGAAAAAUUAAUCAACAAUUAAAUCAAAUUAACAAGUUACUUGAAAAAAGAAAAGCUGACGAAGAAAAGGGGAUCUCAUAUAAAAAACCUAAAUUUUAA